CACUAAAAUUAAAAUUAAAAUUAAAGUAGAAUACGUCAUAGGGGCGAGCCCUAAAAUCAAAUUUCAGUUCUCUGAAAACCCUAAUUUCUGAGACACCAUGCUUCUCUCUCCAGGUCACUCUCCGCGCCAUGUUUCAUCACCGUCUCCAUCUUCAUAUUCCGACAACUGCCUCCAAACUCCCAACGCUUCUUCCUCAAUCACCCCGAAUAAUCCUAGCAAAAAACGCCCCCGAGUCCUCGAUGAGGACUCCUACGUCGCCGCCAUCGAGAAGAUCAUCGAGCGUGAUUUCUUCCCCGACAUUUCCAAGCUCCGAGAUCGACUCGAUUGGCUCGAAGCCAUCAAGACUGGCGAUCCGAUUCAAAUUCGUGAUGCCCAGUUGAAGAUAAUCGAACGCCGUGGCAAAAAGGUAAAUAAUGUGAAUUCCGAUGGUAGAGGUCAAACUCAAACCCCUGGUUCUACUUUUAUGAGAAAUUUUACUCCUUUUGAUGAAUUUGAUGGUAAAACCCCCAAAACCCCAGGUGUUUUAGGUAGGGAAUUGUCCGGUGAGGGUGAUUGUAGGGAAAGCGAGGGUGAGGUCGAUACGAGUUUGUCCUUAGAUGAGUUUUUUAGGAGGUAUACGAGUGAGGAUAAUGAUAGUUUUUCAAAGAUUUUAGAGAAGGUUAAUAGGAAGAAGAAGGAGAAGUAUGGGUAUUUGACGCAGAGCGAAGAGGGGGAGGAGGAUGUUAAAUUAAUUGCGGAUGUGAGAAGGGAUAGGAUUACAGAUGGGUAUGGGACGUCUGAUCAGCCAACGAGCACAUUGGAAGGGUGGAAGUAUACGGCCAAGAAUUUGUUGAUGUAUCAUCCUGCUGAUCGGGGUGAGGCUCCAUUGACUGAGGAGGAACGGGCAGUAAGAUUGAAGGGUUUGACGAAGGAGGUCAACCGUGCUAACACACGUUUUCAUGGUAAAGUGAUGGAUUCUAGGCCGAAAGAUGAUGGAUCUGUGGAGGUGCUCUAUACUCCUGUGGCGGGUGCAACUCCGAUGCCUAUGUCAGGUAGGGAUGGGGAUAAGGGCAAAAAGUAUGAUCUGGAGGAUUUGAGAAAGACCCCACAUCAGUUUUAUGUGGAAUCUGGGAAGAAAGCAGAGAAUGGUUAUAGUUUUGUAAGGACUCCAUCACCUGCACCAGGUGUUGAUGAAUCCCCCUUUAUUACAUGGGGUGAAAUUGAAGGGACACCUUUGAGGUUGGAGCCUGAAGAUACACCAAUUGAUAUUGGUGGUAGCGGUGAUGGGCCUCAUUUUAAGAUUCCUUGUCCGCCUGCCAGAGAUGUCAAGGCGCACUCCUUGUCAAGGGAAGCUGCUCGGAAAUUGAGAGAGAGGUCGAAGAUGUUUAAGAAGCCACCAUUGCCAUCGCCAUAUAGAGGUGGCAGUGCUAGUCCAAGUGUGCGUACCCUUUCUCCUGCUGCCCAGAAGUUUGUAAGAAAUGCAAUUGCAAAGUCCUCUUCUUCUGUGGAUGAAACUCUUCGUGCCAGUUAUCGAGGUGCAAGCCCUGGCAUAUCUACUCCUAAAAGUGUAAGAAGUGUUUCAAGGUUCGGAAGGGAUGGCAGCAUCGAUUCCAGGUCACCUUCUGUAAGGGAGGCUUCUAAUCCUCCAAGGGAAUAGUUGUCUUAACUGAUCAAUGGUAUUAUGGUACUAUGCUGUCUUGUUUAUACCAACUCCUAAGCCUUGAGAAAAUUUGUUUAAUGUACCAUUUCAGAUGUUUGUCAUUAUCUUGGUAAUUUUGGUUUUUUAAAUGAAUAUAACAACGUUCAAAUAUUAAAAAAGUAUUUUAGUUUCAUAAUUCUGAUUAACUGACGUUGUCUAUGAUAUUUUCUUACUCUUCAACCUCUCUCUCUCUCUCUCUCUCUCUCUCUCUACAUUAACUUCUCUGAAUUUUGGUUUAUAAAGUUGGAAUUAGAUGGUUCUAAUAGUACAGCCAACUGUCUAAGGGGAGACGAAGGUGCCUAUACUCUGCGUAUUUUAGAAUAGCAUCUCAUGUGAUAAAUUUGUAAUGCAGUUUAAAUUUAUUUGAGAAUCUUGAAAAGUGCCAUAUGAGUUGGCCCUUUUGUAUGAAAAGGGGGGAAGGAAGCCCUUUCAGGGCUAAGCACAACUCUUUUGAGGUUAUGAUUUAUGAAUAGGUGCCAACUUUGCGUAACUGGGGGGACUGUUAUUGCUACUCCUAACAGUGUACAUUUUCAAGGUUGGUUCAGAAGGGAUGAGAUCAUAAUUUUAGGUCACUUUCUGUUAAGAGGUUUCUAAUCCUCUAUG